AUGGCGGAUGAGGAACCAACCUUCCAAUGUUCGGUCUGCUUGGGCGACGAACGCCCACCUCCCCGGCACAUCAAAGGUGAUUUGCUCUGUCAAGACUGCUACACGGAGUCGAUCACGAGGGAGUUCAAUAGGGCUUUCGAGAGUGUAGCAGGCUUCCCGCCGAAAUGGGGCAAUAUUGACACGACUAUACUUCAAGCAAACGACUUUGUUGAUGUACUUGGUGCCGACUUCGUGACUCGGUUCAACAGGAUUGCUGAGGACUACAGAAACGAAAACAUGGUCAAGGUUUACUGCACACACGUGAUGCAAAAAGCACAUGAACCGCUGAAGGGCGGCUCGCCGCCGGACGGCGUAGUGCUGGCAUUGUCUCCGGAAGCACUCGCAUCUCUUGAUGAGGAUACUCCGACCAUCGAGUGCAGGGGUAUGGUGGGCGAGAGGACCGAGCAACUUGGCAAUGUUCAGGAGUGUUACCACGGAAAAGUGUCACCUGCGAAGUGGCUUUGCACGCAGACGAGCACGAAUGUCUCCCUACCACACCCACCACCAUUGGACAAAUCUGGAGGACAGGGCGCGCUGGAGUUGACUGGUAAGUAA